AAAAUGGAUCCCAUUGGUAAUCAAAUCUCGAGACUCAUCUCUAAAACGACGGUGAUGUAUACGUUGUAUCAAGACAUUUGGCCUACCAGGGAAAUGUGGGUCCAUGACCUGAUUCUACAUGGAAGUGAUAAGUCUGAAUUCUUAUUAGCAGAAGAAAUUUUGGAAUCUCCUGACGAAGAAAAAUGCCAUCAGUAUUUUCGUAUGCAAAAGUAUCAAUUUGAAUAUUUGCUCAAUAAAGUUGAAUCGCUAAUCAGCAAAAAAGACACAUUUUGGCGAAGUGCCAUACCAGCCAAGCGAAGGCUAAUAUUGACUAUUCGAUAUCUGGCCACUGGUGCUUCUCAGUUGGAUCUUGCAUUUUCAUUCCGAAUCGGCCACUCAACUGUUGGGACAAUUCUCAGAGAAACAAUGUCUGCUCUGUGGAAAGAACUUGUUAAUGAAGUUAUGCCUCCACCCAGUCCCAAAAAAUGGUUGGAGAUAGCGAAGGAAUUUAAUUUUAGAUGGCAGUGUCCAAAUUGCAUUGGGGCUCUUGAUGGGAAGCAUGUGCGAAUAAAAUGCCCUCCAAAUAGUGGCAGUGAAUUCUAUAAUUAUAAGGGUUACUUUUCAAUUGUUCUUUUGGCCGUCUGUGAUGCGCAAUAUAGGUUUGUUAUUGUCGACAUUGGUAAUUCUGGUAGACACAGUGAUGGUGGAGUUUUUUCAAACUCACGAUUGGGAAAAGGAUUUGAUCAAUCCAUCCUCAAUAUUCCUGGCCAACAGACUCUGCCUGGCACUAGUGAAUCCAUCCCAUUAUAUUUUGCUGCAGAUGAUGCUUUCCCGUUGAAAAUUGGAAUUAUGAAGCCUUAUCCUGGUCGUGCACUGGAUAGGAGUCAGAAAAUUUUCAAUUAUCGGUUGAGCAGGGCUAGGAGGAUUGUGGAAAACACUUUUGGGAUUCUAGCUGCUCGUUGGCAGGUUUUUUUCAAAACUAUAAACUGUGAUCCAGAAUUGGCCACAUUAAGGGUGGAGAUCAAAAAGGUAGUUUAA